CCUAAAUAUCAUCUACACUCAUUCACAAUCUUCUUUUUUAGUUCAUUAUUUAUUUUUCUUGCUUAAUUUAUCAAUGGCUGCCAGUGGAACACUUCAUGUAGAAGUUGACAUCAAAUCUUCUCCAGAUAAAUUCUGGAAUAGUAUUAGAGACUCCACAACUCUCUUCCCUAAAUUCUUUCCUGAUCAAUACGCCACGAUUCUGGUACUCGAAGGCGACGGAAAGGCCGCUGGCUCAGUCCGUCUCUUCACUUACGCUGAAGGCUCUCCCCUCGUUAAGAUAUCGAAAGAGCGGAUCGAUGUAGUUGAUGAAGUCGAGAAGAAGGUUUCUUACAGUGUGGUCGAGGGCGAUCUCCUGAAAUACUACAAGGUUUUUAAGGGUCACAUAGCUGUUCUUCCAAAGGAAAAUGGGAGUUUAGUAAAAUGGAGCUGCGAGUAUGAAAAAGUAAGCGAUGAUGUUGAAGUCCCACAUAUUAUUAAGGAUUUUGUUGUCAAGAAUUUCACCGAAGUCGAUGAACUUAUUCAAGAUCAGAAAAUUUAAGAAAAAAAGAAAUUUUUAUCUAAAUCCGGUUUAUGAUAGCAUGCGAGUGAACUUCAUAAUUUAAAUUCAAGAAUAAUAGACUUUAUGAGAUGGUUUCAUGAAAAAUCGGUUUAGAUAAGAAAUUUCUAUAUCACUAUAAGAAUAAUGGUGUGUACCUGCAGUUUGCUAAUUAUUAAGUUACUUCAUUAUCUUUCAGUUUUAUUUAUGUUUUGUUGUUUGUGUAUUGGGUGUUCUUGUAAUGUGAAUCUUUUUCCACAAUAAAAGUGUAACAGCUAGUUACUCAUCUCUCAGUUGAGUAUGAUUAAUUACGGAGUAAAUUAUUA